CUCCUCCUUCCAUGUCGACUGAACCUGAAGAGUAUCCCGAGGGAUAUGACGAGUCCUCGCCGGGCGGCGGGUUCUUCGAGGACUACCCAGAUGUAGACCGCCAUUCAUGUCAGCUCUUGGGCCCCACGGCGCUGGUCGUCCAAGCCCUCAUGGGCGUGCUGGUCAUCGCGUCGCUGUUGUAUAAACGGUAUAGGGAAAAGCCUCGUCGACCGUGGCGUAUAUGGCUGUUCGACGUCUCCAAGCAGGUCGUCGGUCAAAUGUUCGUCCACGGCGUGAACGUCCUCAUCUCUGGCGUCGUUUCCCAUCAUACUUCCAACAACGCAUGUGUAUCAUACUUCCUCAACAUCCUCAUUGACACCACACUCGGUGUCGGCUUGCUAUACCUCAUCUUGCAACUCCUCGACGAGCUCUUGACGAACAAACUGCUUCUGAAAGGCUUCAAGUCUGGUAUCUAUGGCACACCACCCUCCGUCAGCUACUGGGCCCGCCAGUCGGCCAUAUACGUCCUCGCCCUCACGACCAUGAAGUUGCUCGUGGUCGGCCUACUUGUACUCUUCCCUGGUAUCUUCAACAUCGGGGAAUGGCUACUCAGUUGGACCUGGUCCGACGAUGGAGAUGGCUUCCAGGUCGUCUUGUGGGUGAUCGGCGGUACUUCGCGUGCAAAGUGCUCAAAUGCUCCCCUAGCACCAUGGGCCUGUUCCCCAUCAUCAUGAACAUCUUGCAGUUCUGGCUCAUCGACUCCAUCG